AUGAGGUUUAUAAGGAGCAUAACGGCGAGUAUCGUCAGUGCUGUGUUUUUCUCGACUAUUAAUGCAGCCCAUUCACAACAAAGAAAUCCCAUUACAUAUCUAUCUUCAGUAGAUAACGCAGUACUACAUACACCCUCGAAUCGAAUACACGCGCUAUCACAAUUUUCCCUCUCAUUUGACCUGCACGAAGAGAAGCAACAUAUUAAGUUAAUAUUAUCGCCAAAUCACGAUGUUAUUGCAGAUGGAGCCAUGGUCUCGUACCUGGCCCCCGAUGGAACAAUAAGCAAUUCGGUGCCGAUCGACAGAGCGGAAUAUAGAGUUUUCAAGGGGCAGGCGUUACUGCAACGUUAUAUAGGCGCCGAGUGGGAGAAUGUUGGUUGGGCUCGUGUUAUGGUCCAACGAGAUGGCGCACAUCCGCUGUUCGAGGGUGCAUUCAGAGUUGAUGGGAAUCAUCACCAUAUUCAAACAAGGACGAAUUACAUGCAAACAAGGCAUAAUCUGGAUCCGGUACCACAGGAGAGUAAUCACGAAUAUAUGGUUGUCUGGAGAGACUCGGAUAUCGUUGGGGCGUUUAGUGAAGAUGGCGAUGGGGUCUUACAUACGGAGUUGAAGAGAGGCGCUGGAGAGGACCCUUCUUGCUCUGCGGAUGGAUUGAGAUUCAACACCCAACUGGACCACCCUGUAUAUAGGGCCAUGUUGAAGCGGGACGACAAAUUCUGGGGAUCAGAGUCAACACGUUCAAUCUUUGGUCGCCAGAUUGAUGGACAGACUGGGGGAAACUCUGCAGGUGUCAAUUUGACAAGCAACAUUGGGCAGACAGCUGGGUGCCCGUCAACUCGAAAAGUCGCUCUCGUAGGUGUGGCAACUGACUGCACGUAUACGGGUCAAUUCGCCAAUGAUUCAGCCGUUCGAUCUAAUAUUAUCUCGGUGAUCAACACAGCUUCAACCCAAUAUGAGGAUAGCUUUAACAUCACCCUCGGUCUGAAAAACUUGACAGUCAGCCCUUCGAAUUGCCCUGCCACCGCUCAGGCUGCAGCCCCUUGGAACAUUGGCUGCAGUGACAAUGUCACCAUCCAAGAUAGGCUCAACCUAUUUUCCGCUUGGAGGGGUGAGCGUGGGGAUCAGAAUGCCUACUGGACACUUCUCAGCACAUGUGCCACCGGAUCUGCUGUCGGUUUGGCAUGGCUAGGCCAAGCUUGUGUUACUACCUCCCAGGUUGCUGCAGGUUCGAGUGGAGCAGGCAACGAAACUAUCAGUGGUGCGAAUGUCGUUGUCAGAACGAGCACGGAGUGGCAGGUCGUUGCUCAUGAAACUGGACAUACCUUUGGCGCUGUCCACGAUUGCACUUCACAAACCUGUGCCGAUGGUACUACUGUUGCCUCUCAGCAGUGUUGUCCUCUCAGUGCAGAUACUUGUGAUGCUGGUGGGGCUUACAUCAUGAAUCCCAGUACUGGGUCUAAUAUUCAGAAAUUCUCACCUUGCACUAUUGGCAACAUAUGUGCUGGCUUUGGCAGGAAUAGCGUCAAGACCACCUGUUUAGCCGCAAACAAGGACGUUUCUAUCAUCACUGGAAGCCAAUGUGGAAAUGGAAUUGUAGAAGCUGACGAAGACUGUGACUGUGGUGGCACGAGUGGGUGUGGAUCAAACCCUUGUUGCGAUGCAACUACUUGCAAAUUCAAGUCUGGCUCAGUCUGUGAUCCCAGCAAUGAGGAUUGUUGUUCAUCAUCCUGUCAAUUUGCCUCGAAUGGCACCAUCUGCCGGGCUAGUACAGGCAGCUGCGAUCCUCAAGAGACUUGCAGUGGUACUGCUGCUGCCUGUCCAGUAGAUGCUAAUGCUCCAGAUGGGACAAAAUGCGGUAACUCCAGUUCUCUUGCCUGUGCUGCAGGUCAAUGCACAUCCCGAGACCUGCAAUGCAAAACAUUGAUGGGUUCAUACACUACAGGCAACGACACGUACGCGUGCUCUUCAUCAGGGUGUCAAAUCUCUUGCGCUUCUCCAGAAUUCGGCUCGAAUGUAUGCUACUCUAUGCAGCAGAACUUCCUCGAUGGAACAUCAUGUCAAGGUGGAGGGAAAUGUGCCAACGGACAAUGCACGGGCUCGAGCGUGGGGAAAGAGAUCAAGAGCUGGAUUCAGAAAAAUAGGACGCUGGUCAUUGCUAUAGCAUCAGUAGUCGGUGGGCUGUUGAUCAUAGCCAUCCUCUCAUGUUGCGUCAGUCGUGUCAGGAGGAAUAAGAACGCCAAAGCACGCCAGCUUGCAUUAGCACAGAACGUUCCUCCAGGCUGGAAUGGGGGGAGAAGAGGACCGCCGAAUCAGUGGAACAACGGCAUGCCGCCACCGCCUCUGAAUCCUGAGAUGCGCGGCGCCAAUGGGAGUCCUAGAGGUGGAGGUGGGAAUGGAAAUAGUGCAGGUUGGGACCAGAACGGGAGGUGGCAGCCCCCAGCACCUAGUUGGCAACCGACGGUUAGAUAUGCAUAA